AUGGCAGACCCAUUUCAAGAAGCACUUUACACUAGAGUAGAUAGGCUGGCAGAUCUGGAGAGAAAGGGGAAGGAAAAGGCUCCUGAUAUUACCAUGGAGGCAAUAAUCCUGAACAGAAAGCAUGCCAAUUCAGUUCAACCCAACUCUCUCCACAACAUUUUCCCCAAUCUGUCAAGCAGAGGAAGCCAAAUGGGAAUGGUGUUGGCUCAUCCUCCAAGGGAAAUGCCCCUUGAGCAGCAAGAUGAAGACAUGGAUGCAGAUUGGACAGCUGCCAUGAGUCACCCACAACCUAACCCUUUGGUAAUGCUCCCCAAAAUGGAGGGCUUUUGUUAUGGAAAUGGGAAUUUCCCAUUUUAG